CAGACCUUUCCCCAACCUUUGACACGACAGCGGUACAAUUCGAUUUAUUGACAUUUAGAAAAAUUAGAGAAAAUGACUCGUGCAAAAAUCGAGUUGGGAGAUGUCACGCCACACAACAUAAAACAAUUGAAGUUACUAAACCAAGUUGUAUUUCCAGUAUCGUACAAUGAAAAAUUUUACAAGGAUGUGCUAGAAGCAGGAGAACUAGCAAAAUUAGCGUAUUAUAACGACAUUGUGGUAGGAGCAGUUUGCUGCAGAGUUGAUACAUCAGAAAACUCCCGACGAUUGUACAUAAUGACAUUAGGCUGUUUGUAUCAUUAUCGCAGACUUGGGAUUGGUACAGUGAUGGUGCAGCAUGUUCUGAAUUAUGUUGAGAAAGAUGGCAAUUUUGAUUCAAUUUUUUUGCAUGUUCAAGUGAAUAACAAAGACGCCAUCGACUUUUACAAAAAGUUUGGCUUUGAAAUAGUGGAAACGAAGAAGCACUACUAUAAGCGAAUCGAGCCAGCGGACGCGCACGUGCUGCAAAAAACUCUGCGGCCGCAACAGCCCAAUGCCCAUUGUGUUGCAGAUAACUUGAACAUUGAUAAUCUACGGCUACGCUAAGUAUUAUUAAAUGAAACUACGUACCACUUUCAUUUAAAU